CGUAAAGAAAGAAGACGCAAUAAGAAAUGCAGAGGCUUCGAGAGGCGAAAGCUACAACGCCAUGCCAAUCGCCACCGCCACCUCGGGGCGGAGCAAAUGGGCGGCGAUGGCCGCGAGCACGUGGAUCCAGUGCUCCACCGGCGGAUCCUACUGCUUCGGAGUCUACUCGCCGGCGCUGAAGGCGUCGCAGGGCUACGAUCAAUCCACCCUCGACUCCGUCGCCUUCUUCAAAAACAUAGGCGCCAACAUCGGCGUGCUCUCCGGCCUCCUCAUCUCGUCUCCUUCCGUUCACGAGCGGCCUUGGAUCGUUCACCUCGCCGGGGCGGCGCAGUGCUUCGUGGGGUACUUUUUCAUGUGGCUCUCCGUGGCCGGCUACGUCGCUCGGCCACCGCCGGCGCUGAUGUGCUUCUACAUGCUUCUGGCGUCGCACGCCCAGACGUUCUUCAACACCGCCAACGUGGUCACGGCGGUCGAGAACUUUCCGGGGAGCCGGGGAACUGCAAUCGGCAUCAUGAAGGGUUUUCUGGGUCUUAGUGGAGCAAUACUGAUCCAGAUAUAUCAGACAAUGUUCAACGAAAACCCAACAUCUUUCAUACUGAUUCUUGCAUUGUUGCCAAAUAUCCUCACAUUACUAUUAAUGCCCAUUGUUAAAGUUGAUCAUAGAAAGAGUGUAUGCGAGAAGAAAUUUCUGGAUGCAUUUUCACUCAUUGCUAUGAUAGUUGCUGGUUAUCUUAUGCUUGUUAUAAUUGGAGAGAGCAUACUAAGAAUGGGAUCAGUAGCUCAGAUAGUGAUAUUUACAGUUCUCAUGAUGAUGCUCUUGUCUCCAACAGCUGUUGUGAUGAAAGCUCAGAUGACAGAAGCAAAGAUGCUUGAUGCAGAUUUUCUUCAUGAAAGAGCCACUCUGAUAGUAAAGCAUGAUGAUCCUAUUUUACCAAACAGAUUAGCUUCUGGGACUGGACAUGACCCGUUAGACCAAGAUUUGAUCCUACUGCAAAGAGGAGACAAUUUCAACCUAACACAGUCCAUGUUGACAUGCGACUUUUGGUUAUUGUUUAUAGCCAUGGCAUGUGGCAUGGGUUCUGGAUUGGCCACCGUAGACAACAUCAGUCAAAUUGGAGGAGCUCUCGGUUACAUGGCUACAGAGACGAGUACCCUGGUUUCUCUAUGGAGCAUUUGGAACUUCCUUGGUCGAUUCGGCAGCGGCUACAUCUCCGAUUACUUCCUCCAUAAUAAAGGUUGGCCGCGGCCUUUAUUCAUUUCGCUGACACUCAUGCUCAUGAGUGCUGGUCAUGCACUCAUCUCGACUGGCCUUCCAGGUUCUCUGUACAUGGGUUCUGUGCUGGUCGGCAUCUGCUAUGGCUCUCAGUGGGCACUGAUGCCUAGCAUCACAUCUGAAUUAUUUGGACUCAGGCACUUCGGCACCAUCUUUAAUACUAUAGCGAUUGCAAGUCCAGUCGGAUCAUAUAUCCUCUCUGUUAGAGUCGUGGGAUACAUCUACGAUAUGGAAGCUUCAAAGUCCUCAGGCGCACACGAGUGCUUGGGCCAACAUUGCUUCAUGCUAUCCUUCAUGAUCAUGGCUUUGGUGACCAUUCUAGGUUCCAUUGUCGCAUUGAUUUUGUUCUACAGGACUAGAAGGUUUUAUGAGCAGGUUGUAUAUGUAAAGCUUCAAAGUUCUCUAGUCCAGUAGAAUCAUAUAUCCUCGCUGCGAAGAGCUGUUGAAGUUCCCGGGCACGCACAAGUGCUCGGGGAACAUUGCUUUCGACUGUACUUCGAAGUUCAUGGCAUGUGUGAGCCUUCUUGUUUCACAACCUUGUGGGGAUGAAUAAUGUGUAUUUUAACUAUGGAUUCAUGAAGGUUUCAUGUAUAUUGUAUAUUCUAAUGCGAGAGGGAUGAAGUAUCCUUUUAGCCA